GUUAAGGGAAGGGUCAUGAUCGUGAGUAGUGAUAAUGAUAAAGAUUUUCAGAUUUUCUAUGCAGCGAGCGAGGCGAAAAUCAAAGGUCUCAAGCGCUUCGCUGGACCGCUAUGCAAUCCAUAUGAGUGGAUCGAAUCACUCAGCCAACCUCUUCGAACGUCUCAGUUAAUCGAUCUUCUCGCGACAGAACUCCCUCGCUUUUUUUCUAUCUCCAACUCUGCGCUCGCACCACAAAAUCUCGCGGACAUGGCAUGCAUAAGAAGCAGCUUUCUCCUGCGAGGUUUCUUCCUCGCCUCCCCGAUACCGAGAAUCAGCCGUAUAAACCUUAGAUUGCCUCCGUUGCCAGCCGAUAUUUCGCACAGCCGAAUCCGCUGCGUUGCUUCGGAGUCAGGCGAGGGAGGGCAUAAGGUGUCUGCCCGCCUCUCGAUGAUGCAGCAGGUUUUGCAGGAAGCCGAGGAGCGGGCUAGCUACGCCGGCUCCGAGACUGCACCAAAGGUAACCCUAGAUCACGUCACUGUUAAUUUUGCGAGAAGUGGCGGACCUGGUGGUCAGAAUGUUAAUAAAGUGAAUACUAAGGUUGACAUGCGUUUCAAUGUCCAGAAAGCUCAUUGGUUAAGUGAAAGAGUCAGGGAGAGAAUACUUCAAACGGAAAAGAAUCGUAUUAACAAGGAUGGGGAUCUUGUUAUUUCUUCAACAAAAACCAGAACACAAAAGGGCAAUAUCGAAGAUGCUCUGACAAAACUGCAGGAAAUUAUUGAUUCUGCAUCUUAUGUCCCACCACCACCAUCAGAAGAGCAAAAGAAACGGAUCCAAAAACUUCAUUCUUCUCCAAUUGAAUGCCAUUUAUUGUUCUUUCGUGUGCUUCCUGCGAAGGGCUGCCAUAGAAGAGCAGAAGAGGAUGCAAAACAAGAGGGCUCUUUCACAGAAGAAGGCAAUUAGGAGGACCAGAGAUAGCUGGGAUUGACUGGAAGCAGGUGCUUAUGAUUGAAUUCUGCACAUAUGCUUCAUAACACAAAUAGGUAUUUUGUUCGGUCAAUCAUCAGGAUUUUAUAAACCCAAAACCAUCAUAUUGGAAGAUUCUCGCUAGUGAUGGUCUUUUUAUUCUGCAUUGCCUGGGUUUCCUUAGUUCAUGUAUUUUAUUUAGGCUGCGUGGUUUGAUAAAAUUUUGCUAUAAAGUAUUGUAAUAAAAUUAAGCUUUUGUUUGAGACAGCUUUUUUAUUGCUUUUUGAACCAACUUUCUAGUACAAAAUUUUAAAUUUUUAUAUUAAAAAGUUGCUUCAAGAAGUAAUAAAAAAGCUGCCCCAAACAAAGCUCAAGUCAAUUUUGAUAUUUUUGCCUGCUGGACCUUUAUUUCUAUGUGGAUGUGUUCAACCUUUCAUUCUUUUGAUAUAUUUUUUAUGUUGAA